GAACAAAAACACUUAGCCUUUGUUAACUAAGAUCUUGCCUUCACCAUUUUUCUCUCUUCUCGAUUAUAUCUCUAACCUCAAAGGUACAUUUAAUAGCUAGAUGUUAUAACAAAAUGGGGAGAUCACCGUGUUGCGAUGAGAGCGGAUUAAAGAAAGGGCCAUGGACGCCAGAAGAAGAUCAGAAACUGAUAAAUCACAUAAGAAAACACGGCCAUGGAAGCUGGAGAGCUCUACCCAAGCAAGCCGGUUUAAACCGGUGUGGGAAGAGUUGCAGAUUGAGAUGGACUAAUUACUUGAGACCAGAUAUCAAAAGAGGAAACUUCACAGCUGAGGAAGAACAAACUAUCAUUAACCUUCAUUCUCUUCUUGGGAACAAGUGGUCGUCUAUAGCUGGUCAUCUCCCAGGAAGAACGGAUAACGAAAUAAAGAACUAUUGGAACACGCAUAUUAGAAAGAAACUUAUUCAGAUGGGAAUCGAUCCGGUGACCCAUAGGCCAAGAACCGACCAUCUAAACGUUCUAGCCGCUCUCCCGCAACUACUAGCUGCCGCAAAUUUCAACAACCUCUUGAAUCUAAAUCAAAAUAUACAAUUGGAUGCAACAAGUGUUGCGAAAGCCCAACUGUUACAUAGUAUGAUUCAAGUCCUUAGCAACAACAAUACCUCUUCUUCCUUUGACAUUCAUCACACAACCAAUAAUCUCUUUGGCCAAUCUUCUUUCUUAGAGAACCUACCAAAUAUUGAAAAUCCUUAUGAUCAAACCCAAGGCCUCUCUCACAUUGACGAUCAGCCUCUGGAUUCGUUUUCUAGCCCGAUUCGAGUAGUUGCUUAUCAACAUGAUCAGAAUUUUAUUCCGCCCUUGAUUUCGACAUCUCCUGAUGAGUCUAAGGAAACCCAAAUGAUGGUCAAGAACAAGGAAAUCAUGAAGUAUAAUGAUCAUACUUCAAACCCUUCGUCGACCUCAACUUUUACACAAGAUCACCAGCCAUGGUGUGACAUAAUUGAUGAUGAAGCAAGUGAUUCUUAUUGGAAAGAGAUCAUAGAGUAAGUUAGAGAUCACAUAUAUAUAUAUUUUUUUCUUAAAUCUUGAAUUUUGACGAACUCUUAUUUGUUUUUUUGGUUGUUCUCUCCGCAGGCAAACUUGUUCGGAGCCUUGGCCAUUUCGUGAAUAGAGAUGAAAGUAAAACAUUAGUCUUAUUUUUUUCUGUGGAUAUAGAUAUAUACAUAUACGUUGUUAAUUAACUUUCAUACAAUUUGUGUCUUAAUUAUUUUCCAACCAUGUAUACAAACACAUUGAUACUGUACAAAACUGAUUAUCAUUAUAUAUAAGAAAAUUAAUUCAUGACUCAAAAU